AUGGAAAGAAAACUGGAACGAAAAAGGAAAGCACUUGAUGAACAUCGCAAGGAAGUAAAGAAAGCAUUGUCAGAACAAGAAAAAGUCGGAAAGAGUAACUCCUGGACAUGGACUAUAUUUAAAUUUCUGGUUAUUUCAAUAUUAGUACUCACAAUAUUGAAUUACAGCUCUUUGAAGCAGGAGUAUGCUAAGCUAAGACCUGAAGAUGGCAAAUUACAUGAUAUCGGUUUUGGACACAAUCUCUUUAUUUAUUGCCAAGGUCAUGGCAAGCCUGUUGUUGUCCUCGAUGCUCCUGCGGGCGAAACAUUUGACACUUGGACUUUAAUACAGCGAGAGGUUGCCAAGCACACCAAAAACGCAUCUGCAUUAAAUCAAGCUAAUUCAAGCGUAGUACAUGGUACUGAAAAGAUGGUUGAUGACUUAAGGCGCUUAUUGAGCACCGCAAAGGUUUCACUAAAACCCCUUAUCUACGUUGGAGCUGAAAUGGGAGCUAUCAACGGCCGCUAUUAUUCGUCGCUCAACUUUCCGGAAGUAGCCCAUUUAGUCCUUGUUAACCCUUUGACUGAAAAUUUUCUUUCCAUUAAUGAGCGCGUUUGGGAAUUGUUCUGGUACAGCCACUUAGUUCCCUCAAUACAAAAGGCUCAAUUAUUAUCGGCUAUUGGCUUUACUAGAGUAGGUUAUAAGCUGUAUUUAAAAAAAGAUGCACUUGAAGAUGAAAAUGUAGAUGAAAUGGUAAAACUUAGGCAUAAGUAUCUUUCGUGUUCUCCUGGUCAUCAGUCAACUAAAUUAGAAGAAUAUCUCCUUUUAAAUGCCAGUCUUAUUCGAUUAAAAAAUUUCCUACUACACGAGCCUAUUCCUGAUACUAUGCCGGUCACAGUUAUAGCUUCGGAUCAAUUUGAUAGAAAUAUCUCUUCAGAAUUAAAUCAGGUAUGGCAAAACCUUAUUACUGAAUUGACAGAUAAGAUACAUCCACAGAGUCGAAGAGUCAAAAUAGCAGAUGGAGAUCGAAAAGAUAUAUAUUACAAGGGAGCUCCAACAAUUUCCAAAGUCAUAAUACAAGCGAUUAAACAAUACCGAAAAAGCCGAGUUAUGAAAUCGACCUAG